AUGCGCUCUGCCCUGCGGGUACUCCCCAAACGCAGACUCUCCCCUCGCCUGCCCCAGCCCCGCUUCUAUGCGACCCUCAAUCCCAACACCCCGCCUCCCACUGCCGCAUAUCAAGUCUUCGACGAGCCCUCUAAAGAUCUCCAGCGUUCACGCGCCAUCAUCCGUCUGCGCGAGCUACAAGCAGCCAAGGCCAAAGCCGAACCCGCACAGGGUGAUUCGCAGAUAUCAGAUGAAGACGGACUGAGAGUCGUUGAUUAUUUGCGGGAAGAAGUCUCGGAGAGGCUGGCAGAGAGAAUAGGGGAUCUGAGAGUUCCGCCCUCGUCAAUCAUGGAGCUGUCGGCACAUGCAGGCCAACUGACGCAGAUAUUGCAAGACGUGUUGGCUGAUGAAGUGCCGGGGCAAGGACAGAAUGAGGGCCAAGGACGCCAAGAAGCGCUUUAUAGGGACCAGGACUCGUGCUUUAUCUCACCCCCAGAGCGAAUCCAAGCAUCCCCCUCAGACCUGCUUGCUCAUCCCGAGAUCGAGCCUCUAAAGGAGCAAGUAGAAGCCGUCGUCUCCUCUGGUGGGCUGCAGUGGGUUGGUGAUAUUGUUGGCGGCUUGACGCAAGUGCGGCAUUUGCUGAAACCCGACGGCGUGUUCGUGGGUGCUGUCUUUGGUGGCGACACUUUGUUCGAGAUGAGGACCUCACUGCAACUUGCCGAACAAGAGAUACGAGGAGGCAUCGCCAACCGAGUAUCUCCCAUGAUUAAUCCCACCGAUGCCCCGUCGCUAAUGAACAGAGCUGGCUUUACUUCGGUCACAGUAGAUGUCGAAGACCUGACCAUAAACUACCCAUCAAUGUGGGAGCUUAUGGCAGACUUGCGAGAUAUGGGCGAAAGCAAUGCUAUUCUUGGUAGACGUGCGACAAUUGGAAGAGACGUUCUUGUAGCUGCAAGCAGUAUCUAUCAAGAACUGUUUGGCAACGAGGACGGUACGGUGCCUGCCACCUUCUCUAUCAUCUUUCUGAUCGGAUGGAAGCCCGGACCCAAUCAGCCCAAGCCCUCAAAGCGAGGGUCCGGUCAAUCUGCUUUGCAGGAUGUAUUAUGA